GUCCAAAUCCAAUUGUUUUUGCUGGGUUAUUAGCGACUGGGAAGCGUGGCGGCUUCCUGAUCACAAUUCUGAUAGAGAACGCCAAUGGUAACCGAAUCAAGAAAACAACCCACCAAAGUUCCAGUUUCCAGCCAGCCAUGGCUUCCAUGGCACAGUUCUGUUACAUUCUCGGUCCAUCAAGCCCUAAACUCAACCACAGAAGUGUCAGAUUCUGCAACCAGAAUCUCACCCGUAGAAAGAAUGCAUUUCCUUCUCCCAGUCUCGCUUUUAGUUCAAACCCAUCAGUACCAUCCUCCUCCACCAUCUCCUGUUCUGCUGCUAAUAAUAAGCCCUCUUCUCCCUCUGACAUUAGUUCUGAUGCCAAGUUAAGAAGUGAAGUUCUGUCUCCCUUUCGUUCUGUCCGAAUGUUCUUUUACCUUGCGUUCAUCUCAAGUGCCGGUUUGGGAGGAUUAAUAGCUCUCUCACAAUUAAUUGGUGCCUUAGCUAAUCCGGCAAGGUCACCUGAAGUCCCCGAGAUUCUGAAAAGUGUUGGUAUAGAUGUUGGAGCUGUAUCUCUAUUUGCAUUUCUGUAUUCUAGGGAGAAUUCUGCUAAGAAUGCACAAUUGGCUAAACUGUCUAGAGAGGAAAGCCUCUCAAAGCUUAAGCUUCGAGUGGAUGAAAGUAGGAUUAUUUCUCUUAGUGAUUUGAGAGGAAUUACACGUCUGGUGAUUUGUGCUGCUCCAGCUUCCUUCAUUGAAGAAGCUUUCAAAUUAAGUGAGCCUUUCACUGAGAGUCUUAUGGACCGCGGGGUGCUUGUUGUGGCUUUUGCAACGGAUGGUAAUUUGCCUACGUUUGAAUUUGAUGCGAGUGAGGAAAUGAAAGAAAUCACUGCAAAGAGGAAGAGGCUUUGGCAAUUGGCUCCUGUUUAUGUUUCCGACUGGGACAAGUGGCUGGAUGAACAAAAGAAAUUGGCUGGUGUAUCCCCUGAAUCUCCUGUGUACUUGUCUCUACGGUUGGAUGGCCGUGUACGUGGAAGUGGAGUCGGCUAUCCUCCUUGGAAUGCAUUUGUUGCACAAUUACCACCUGUAAAGGGGAUAUGGUCAGGUCUACUUGAUGGUAUGGAUGGAAGAGUUCUUUGAAGAAAGGUUAGUUGCCUUUUGAGUUUGCUCUAGAUUGCGGAUCCUGCAGUUGUGAUCUUCAUUGAUCUACUAUUAUCAUGAUGAUAUGCCCGUAGCAGAAAGAACUAAUUUUGUUCUUAACUUGGUAUCGAAAUAUGUUGCAGCAUCUCACGAACAUGCUAUGCAAUUCCACCAAUGAAUUAUUUUUGAAUCUUCUUAUUAUGUUCAUGUAGUAACUAUGAUAUUUGGAGUCUAGGAAUUGAAGCUGAUCAAUCCUGGAAAGGCUUUUUCUCAACUCGCAUCAAUUCAUUCGCAAAAUAUGGCUCUUUGCUCCGCUAGUGUAUUUCAUAUUUACUUCUAACCGCAGAUUUUGCAAGGAUCUGCUCAGCAUAUUGUAAAAACUCAACGCAAACCCAUCUUAACGAAGACAAUUUUGUGUACAUGUAUACCGUUGUUUAUAUCGCUUUUGUGUCUAAGAUUCCUCGAAGUUAU